CGUCUAGGUGUUCCUGACGUCGCUUGUCAAUCAGUUAGCGUAUAAUUGCACUGACAUGGCCGCAGGAGCUGUUAUUUCUCCGUGGCGACCAGAGAUGUUCACAGAGAAACAAUUUAAGGUCGUUUUUUGAUACGUGCUUGCGUGAUGAAUAAUGUCCUCAAAAUAGAGCCAUUUGCGUGUUUCCGACUACUACGAAUGCGCGCUCUGAGCGGAGGUUGCAGAUUAGUCAUUUACAUCACACAUGCACAUCUGUGCGUAGGCCUAUAAGGCUAUGUCAUUUUACGGGGUUGCAAGUUCAUGGAUAAAAACCAACCAGCAUGUUCGUGGAUGCAGAUGGAACUUUCAACAACAGCAACAUGAAAUCUUAUGCGAUGGAGAAAGUGAAAGAGCCCGGUGCAACAAAUAUGAUUUCGGAGGCUCUCGUUGCACACUUGCUGAAGAUUGCGCAAGAGGCGGCGGAGGCAGUAACCGCCACUUCGCAGUCUUCAACUCUGCUGAUGGAGAAUAGCACUCGGUGUGGGGAGCAAAUUCUGAACUACGACAAGGUGGAGAAGGUAUUUAUUGGAGGGAUCCUCACCAUGCUCACGCUGUUUACUAUCUGCGGGAACUUGCUGGUGGUGAUUUCGGUGUGCUUCGUGAAAAAGUUGCGGCAGCCGUCCAACUAUCUGAUCGUGUCUCUGGCGGUUGCCGACCUUUCAAUCGCCCUGGCAGUUAUGCCGUUUGUCAGUAUAACGGACCUUAUUGGGGGGCAAUGGGUUUUUGGCCAAGUCUUCUGCAAUGUUUUUAUUGCCAUGGACGUAAUGUGCUGCACCGCAUCCAUAAUGACGUUGUGCGUAAUUAGCAUAGACAGGUACCUGGGCAUAACCAAGCCUCUGACCUACCCUGUGAGACAGAAUGGCUGUUGCAUGGCCAAGAUGGUGGUGUGCGUGUGGCUCCUCUCCGCCUCCAUCACCUUGCCCCCCCUCUUCGGCUGGGCCCAGAACGUAAACGACAACAAGGUGUGUCUGAUCAGCCAGGACUUUGGUUACACCAUCUACUCCACCUCAGUGGCGUUCUACAUCCCCGUAUCCGUCAUGCUCAUUAUGUACUACCGUAUCUACCACGCCGCCAAGCUCAGCGCCGCCAAGCACACCAUCACGGGCUUCCCGCGGGUCGGGGAGGAGGAGGCGCGGGGGGAAGAGGAGGAAGCCAUGGAGGAACAGGAGGAGGAAGAGGACAGCGUGGACUGUGUGUCGGCCGCCCUGAGGCUCCACAGGGAGGUGGAGGAGUGCACGCGAUUCUCGCGCCUCAUGAGAAGCAACAGGAGGAACAUGUCCAUCUUCAAGCGUGAGCAGAAGGCAGCAGCCACCCUGGGGAUUGUGGUAGGGGCCUUCAGUGUCUGCUGGAUGCCUUUCUUCUUACUGUCCACGGCCAGACCCUUCAUCUGCAGGGCGGACUGCCCUAGCUGUGUGCCCUUGUGGGUGGAGAGGACCCUGUUGUGGCUGGGCUACGCCAACUCCCUCCUCAACCCUUUCAUCUACGCCUUCUUCAACAGGGACCUGAGGACCACCUACAGUAACCUGCUGCGCUGCCGUUACCGCAAUAUCAACCGCAAGUUGUCUGCCGUCGGCAUGCAACAAGCCCUCAAACGGAUGGAUAAGACAGACUCUGUUAUCUAAAUGGUGUUAUUGUGGUGGUGUUGUGGGAGCUGCCAUACUGAGCACUAGAGUAGACCACGUUCUCUCAAUGACCAAGUCUUAGGUCAAUGUUAUCUGCCUGUCUGGUUCCUCUACUUAAGAUCGUGCAUAUCCAGUCACAGUCUAGACCUUAUUGGUCAGGUCUGAUUUAUGAAACAAACUAAGAAUCUCUAUCCUUCCAUCUGAAUGUGAGUCCGUGGUCAUUGGCUUUGUGUCCGUUACGGUGCUUUUACUCUGGGCAUUUCUCAGUUGUGCUGCUGUUGCAUAACCACGAUGCCUCAGAACAAGACGGUUUAGCUGUUGCUUGAAGGGGCAAUCUGCAGCUGAUCCAUCAAUUUUUUGUUGUUGUUGACUAUAUUAACAAAAGUAUGUGGACACCCCUUAAAAUUAGUGGAUUUGACCCGUUUCUUACAGGUGUAUAAAAUCUAGCGCAAGCCAUGCGAUUUCCAUAGACGAACAUUGUCAUAAAAAAUGGCCUUACUGAAGAGCUCAGUGGCUUUCAAUGUAGCACCGUCAUAAGUCGCCACCUUUCCAACAAGCCAGUUCGUCAAAUGUUUGCCCUGCAAGAUCCCCAGGGUGGCUGCAAGAGCUGCCCGUCAACUGUAAGUGCUGUUAUCGUGACGUGGAAAAGUCUAGCAGGAACAACGGCUCAGCCGCGAAGUGGUAGGACACACAAGCUCAUAAAAUGGGAACGCCGAGUGCUGAAGCGCGUAGCAGGAACAACGGCUCAGCCGCGAAGUGGUAGGACACACAAGCUCAUAAAAUGGGAACGCCGAGUGCUGAAGCGCGUAGCAGGUAAAAAUAGUCUGUCCUCGGUUGCAACACUCACUACAGAGUUCCAAACUGCCUCUGGAAGCAACGUCAGCACAAUAACUGCUCGUCGGGAGCUUCAUGAAAUGGGUUUCCACGGCCGAGCAGCCGCACACAAGCCUAAGAUCACCAUGCGCAAUGCCAAGCGUCCUGCUGGAGUGGUGGAAAGCGAGGCACCAUUGGACCCUGGAGCAGUAGAAACGCGUUCUCUGGAGUGAUGGAUCACGCAGUCCAACAGAUUAAUCUGGGUUUGGCGGAUGCCAGGAAAAUGCUACCUUCCCCAAUACAUAGUGCCAACUGUAAAGUUUGGUGGAGGAGGAAUAAUGAUCUGGGGCUGUUUUUUUCAUGGUUCGGACUAGACCCCUUAGUUCCUGUGAAGGAAAAUCUUAACAUUACAGCAUACGUUCUAGAAAAUUCUGUGCUUCCAACUUUGUAUAUACCCAUUUGAUUCUUGAAGAAUACAACUUAGAAAUGCCUAAUGAGCUUAGUUCAACUGUAGUACCCCAUCAGAACCAAAAUAUAAGCUUGUUUUACUCCAAUGUUUGUAAACAAAGUAAAUGUAAACAAACACUUUUGAACAUUUUCUGUACGUCACGGUAACAAUGUUGUGACUUUGUCAAAAAUCAACCAUGGAGUGUUGACGUUGUUCCAUGGUUAUGUGUUUGACCUUCAGACAACAUCUUUUCAAUUAGAGUUAAUGCAGACUCUAAAUGCACAUGGUUCAUUGUGACAUGUUGGACGUGCCCAAUGGACAAUACAACCUAGACAUGGCAUUUUACUUACUGUGAGUAUGCUCUUUCAAUUGUAUAAAGAUUUUUUUCCCCUCCAAUGUCGGUUAAUUUAUGUUGAAUGUAUGUUUGUUGAAUGGUAUCAUAUACAUAUAUAAAUGUGAUUGAAAAAUCAUUAUUUCAUUUUUUUUAAUGAGAGUGACAUCAUUAAGGAUUUGACAGAAUUGCAUGAUUUUGAUAGUGAUGUCAUAAAGACAAAGUGAUUUUGAUAGUGAUGUCAUAAAGACAAAGUGAUUUUGAUAGUGAUGUCAUGAAGACAAAGUGAUUUUGAUAGUGAUGUCAUGAAGACACAGUGAUUUUGAUAGUAAUGUCAUAAAGACAAAGUGAUUUUGAUAGUGAUGUCAUGAAGACAAAGUGAUUUUGAUAGUGAUGUCAUGAAGACAAAGUGAUUUUGAUAGUGAUGUCAUAAAGACACAGUGAUUUUGAUAGUAAUGUCAUAAAGACAAAGUGAUUUUGAUAGUAAUGUCAUAAAGACAAAGUGAUUUUGAUAGUGAUGUCAUGAAGACACAGUGAUUUUGAUAGUAAUUGUAACGGCUGAUUUCCUCCUCUUCAGCCGUUACAAU